UUCCCCCUCCCCUUCCUCCCUUUUCUCCUCCCCUUCCCCUUCUUCUCCAGCCUCUUCCCCAUCCCGGCUCCGCGUGUUCCCGUGCCCAUGGAGUACCUGCCGGCUCGGGCUGCCCCCGCGCAGGGCAGCGUCCUCUGCUGCCAAUGUGGCGUGCCCAUCCCACCCAACCCGGCCAACACCUGUGUGGGCUGCCUGCGGGCACAGGUGGACAUCACCGAGGGCAUCCCCAAGCAGGGCACCGUCUACUUCUGCAAGCAGUGUGGCAGGUAUCUUCAGCCUCCCGGCACCUGGAUCCAGUGUGCCUUGGAAUCAAGAGAGCUUCUUGCUUUGUGCCUUAAGAAAAUCAAAGCUUCGCUGAGCAAGGUGCGUCUGAUUGAUGCCGGCUUUAUUUGGACCGAACCACAUUCUAAGAGACUGAAGCUGAAACUGACGGUUCAGAAAGAGGUGCUAAAUGGAGCAGUUCUUCAACAAGCGUUUGUCGUGGAAUAUAUAGUUCAGUCUCAAAUGUGUGAUGACUGUCACAGGAUUGAAGCUAAGGAUUUCUGGAAAGCUGUAGUGCAAGUCAGACAAAAGACUCUGCAUAAGAAGACUUUCUUCUAUUUGGAGCAGCUGAUUUUAAAACACAAGCUUCAUCAUAAUACACUUCGUAUCAAAGAAAUCCAUGAUGGCCUGGAUUUCUAUUAUUCUUCAAAGCAACAGGCCCAGAAGAUGGUAGACUUUCUUCAGUGCACAGUUCCAUCUAGGUCAAAAUCAUCCCAACGUUUGAUCUCACAUGACGUUCAUAGCAAUGUCUACAAUUACAAAAGCACUUUCUCUGUGGAAAUUGUUCCAAUCUGCAAGGACAACGUUGUGUGUCUGUCACCAAAACUGGCGCAGAGUCUUGGUAACAUGAGCCAGAUCUGUGUGUGCAUUAGAGUAACAAGCACCAUCCGCCUCAUCGACCCUAGCACGCUGCAGAUUGCUGAAAUCGAUGGAAACACCUACUGGCGCCACCCUUUCAACAGUUUGUUCCACCCAAAACAACUGGAGGAAUUUAUCAUUAUUGAUAUCAAUAGGGUUCAAGAAAAGAAAAAAGUUGCGGGUGCAGGAGCAAUAUCAAACAAGCAUACACUUGCUGAAGCCUGGGUACAGAAAACCUCAGAACUGAAUACGGAUCAUCAGUAUUUCUGCUCUACUCACUUGGGGCACAUUCUGAAUCCCGGCGACCUUGUCUUGGGAUUCGACUUGGCAAACUGCAACUUAAAUGACGAGUUUGCGAAUAAGAUGAACCAACACCAUAUCCCUGAUGUGGUAUUAAUAAAGAAGAACUAUGACCGUACCAAACGCCAGCGUCGCAGGAACUGGAAGCUAAAAGAGCUAGAAAGGGACAGAGAAGGCACAGAUACAGAUGAUGAAAGACAAUACCAGGACUUCCUUGAAGAUCUCGAGGAGGAUGAAGCCAUAAGGAAGAAUGUCAACAUUUACAGAAAUGCAGAUGUUCCAGUGGAGAGCGACACAGAUGAUGAUGGUCCUCCACGAAUCAGUCUGGCUGAAAUGCUAGAGGAUCUUCAUAUUUCUGAGGAUGCCACCGGUGGGGAGGGAGCAACUAUGAUGACAGAAUAAAAAUAGUGCAUUAAAACAAUGCAAUUAAAUAUUCCUUUGGUAAGGAAAAGGUACCCUAAACAUAAGUAGACAUUACAUGGUCGUGAAAAAUAAUGUGAUAACUAGCACUAUACCCCUUAGUAAUGAUCCUGAAUUUAUGUUUUAUAUGUAAUUCUUAUAGAGAAUUAUCAAUUUAAAUUAAAUUUCUGGUAAAAGUAUCACAAUAUAAGUUCCACCCAUCACUGAGCGCUCUCUCCUUGCGGCUUCUGCAGUGUGCAGACCAGCUGACUGGUUUAUAUAUUGGUAGUAAUAAUCGUCUUGUGUGGAAGACAACUGAUAAAGAAGGAUGUCCAGAAGGAGAGGGUUUAUUCUAGUUUGCUAGGUUUGUACCUACUGUUUAUUGCUUAUUUCUUCACACGGGAAGGACUUUUCCCGUCUUAAAUCUUUUUGGUGCAAUGGUUUGAAGCCUUUUAUGAUAUUACUAGGUUAUUCUGUAUAAUAAGAAUGUAUCCUCUGUUCCUUUGGUAAGGGAACUCCAAAUAAAGAUACGUACACAAGAAAACUUUCCUGUAAAUGAAUUGAAGAUGCAGUCUGUGAUCGGAAAAUUGGAAACUUCUGUCAAGUAUAAUGAAUAUUCUGUUGUACUAAUUCUGUGUCUGUAUCAAUGGAUUAAAAGCACUAUGCGUAAUAUCUAAUUAA